AUAUGAUCGGACUUUGUUAGGAAUUGUUGUGACUAAUACGAGUUGUCGUCUCAAAGUGCAAAAAGAAAAUAUCAUUGAAUGAUUAUUAAUACAAUUGAGUUGUAGAAACUCAUUAGUUUUCUUUCUAUAAUAAGUAAAUAAAGAAAAUUUCCUAACAGACAGUGGAAGUUUAAUGGUUGAUAACAUCGGUCGUGUUAUUGCAUCAGUUAAAAAUUACACACAAUUUCAUUUCGGUGCGAUUUCAAGUUUUUUAUUCUCUUGAAGUUCGGCGAAAGUGAAGGCAGAGAAACAGUAAAAAUAAUUCUCGCGAUUAACGUGAGCAACUUUAAAAGAAAAUACAGAGAACAUAUUUACAUUUAUCUGAAAAUAGAAUCAAGUUGUUGAAUUGUCGAUGAGCGUGUCGAACUUCUAAACUUUUGUCACGUUCAACCUGCUGAUAUUUUGAUUCACAAUAAAUUUUUAAUGAUCUUGAUGCCUGAUAAAUAAAAGUGAAGAAAAGCAAACAGAAUUGAUUGUGAUCACGGUUUUUAAAAGUUUUUAUUAAUGGAAAAAGCGUAAAGAAAAUUUAAGAAAAAAAGUGAAAAUUUUUGAUGAUGUAAAAAAACUAUCAAAAAUCUUAAUCGUUUUAAUUAAAGGCGCGAAAGAUAAAACAGAACCGAAAUAAAACAAAAGCAUCAUAAGUGAAAGUUACUCGAAGCAAAACAGAAGAAAAAACGCCCAAAAUACGAAUCAAAAAGGAAUUCUAAAAAUAAAUUUUUCGUUUUUACUGAAUUCGAGAGCCGCGCGAUUUUUCUUGCGUGUAAGCCAAAUAAAAAUAUGCGAGAACUUAAUGAGAUACACGAUUUUGUUGAUGACGGCUUUCAUGGUGUAAAUGACAUAAUGGCUGUGGUAACUGUUCAAGAUUCAUCGCAAGAUUAUUCAAACUUAACCAGUGAUAAGUGUGCUGUCGACUCUGGAAUCGUUUAUGAUCAUGAGGAAAUGAGAAACAGCAGCAAAUUCAGUAUCAGCAGUCAUGCGUCAUCAAAGAAUUUACUGAAAGGAAAAGAGUUAAACGAUAGUGGUAUUGAUAGUAUUGAGAAAAUAUCCAGUCGAGAGUUUGCUUCAAAGCAAAGUCUCUCAAAAUCUUCAAUUAAAUCUUCAUCAGUAUCGACAUUUGCUGUACCAAUGCGGGAGACAAAAACAGUCUCAAAAAUUCGUAGCAAACGUUACAGCCUUCCUGACAUUGACAAAUUGAAACAUUACGAAGGAAAAAAUGGCAAAAAACCAGCAAUGAUAGCUAGACAAACUCACUGUGAUAUUCAGGAACUUAGAGAACCUCCAGCAACGAUCCCGUUAGUUCCAACACAAGCCAAUGCCACUAAACUACUCGAUAACUUUACUAUAGAUCCAAAACUUAUCAAUAAAUACGAUGGAUUGGCGCAGUCACUUUAUUAUAUCGAUGAAAACGGAAGUCCAAAGAUAAGAGAACGUUACCUGAAACAGCAACGAAUGUUAAUAGAAAAGCAAGAACAGAAGCGAAAAGAAAAAGAAGCUAAACGUCGGAGAGAAGAAAAUGACGGUUCCUGCUCAUGUUUCAACUUCAGUCGAUUGUCAAAGAAACUAAAAGAAUUGUGUAAAGAUGGAUCGAAAGUAACGACAGUGGUGGCAACACCCGGCCAAGGACCUGACAGGCCCCAGGAAGUCUCAUAUUCGGACACGAAAGUGAUUGGAAAUGGAAGUUUCGGUGUCGUCUUUCAAGCCAAACUGUGCGACACUGGAGAGUUGGUUGCGAUCAAGAAAGUUUUACAGGACAAGAGAUUCAAGAAUCGCGAGUUACAAAUAAUGCGAAAGCUCGAGCAUUGUAAUAUUGUGAAGCUGAAGUACUUCUUCUACUCAAGUGGCGAUAAGAAGGACGAAGUUUAUCUGAAUCUAGUGCUCGAAUAUAUUCCAGAGACCGUCUAUAAAGUGGCACGCCAAUAUGCAAAAAACAAACAAACGAUACCAAUUAAUUUUAUCAGACUUUACAUGUACCAAUUGUUCCGAAGUCUCGCUUACAUCCACUCGUUGGGAAUAUGUCAUCGUGACAUUAAGCCGCAAAAUUUGCUGCUUGAUCCCGAAACGGCUGUGUUGAAAUUGUGUGACUUUGGCAGUGCUAAACAAUUGCUGCAAGGUGAGCCCAACGUAUCGUACAUCUGCUCGCGUUAUUAUCGAGCGCCUGAACUUAUCUUUGGUGCAAUUAAUUACACGACAAAAAUUGACGUUUGGAGUGCGGGUUGCGUGCUGGCUGAGUUGCUUUUGGGACAACCAAUAUUUCCCGGUGACUCUGGGGUUGAUCAGCUUGUCGAGAUCAUAAAAGUAUUGGGGACGCCAACAAGGGAUCAGAUCAAGGAGAUGAAUCCAAAUUAUACUGAAUUCAAAUUCCCGCAGAUCAAGAGCCAUCCAUGGCAGAAGGUAUUCCGAGUGCGUACACCACCCGAGGCGAUUGCAUUAGUUUCACGUUUGCUUGAAUAUACACCUGGCGCCAGAAUAACGCCAUUGCAAGCUUGUGCCCAUCCGUUCUUCAAUGAGCUGAGAGAGGGCAACAAAACUUUACCGAAUGGACGCGAAUUUCCUCCGCUGUUCAAUUUUACAGAACAAGAAUUAACAAUACAACCAUCAUUAAAUAGUAGCUUAUCGCCACGCAAUCCCGAUGCACCGUCCAACGCCGGACAAUCAUCAUCACAGCCAAGUGUCGGAGGCAGUGGAAAUGGCAACGAGACCAGCAGCAAUCAGCAAUCACAAUCGUCAUUAAAUCAAUCUGAUAUCACAAUACAGACAGCCGACUCAACGACAGUAAAGGCCGAUGCGAGCCAACAAGUUCAAGCAUCAACAAUGGGUUAGCUAAAAUUAAAAUUAGAUGAAUUUCAUUUAACUGAUGAACAUAAUAACGCUAUUGAUAAUUGUUUAUAGACAUUUAAAAAAAGAAAACAUAAAAAAAGUUAAAACAACAAAAAAAGUAAAAGCAGAUUCAAAAAUUUAAAUUAUACUGUAAAAGAUUUUCUUUAUCUUUUUUUUUUUGACUAGUGAAAAGAGCAAAAAAAAAUGAAAACAUUAAUCAAAUAUCAAUGUCAUCAUCAUGAUCAUUUAAAAAAAGAAAAGAAAAACAUUCAAAAGAAAUCUAAUCAAAUUUUACCCCUUAAUGCAAAGAAAAAACACUUACGCAAAAUAUAUAUCUAUAUUUUUUUUCGGUUAAAUAAAAUAUAAACUCACAAAUUUAUUAAAAAAAACAUUUGAAAAAUAUAAAUGAAUUUUGUCUGAACUUACUGAUAAGCUCGAUGAUAAACAUGAAGCUCUUUAAUGAUUAAAAAAUAAAAGUUUGCAUCUCAACAAUCGUUUCUGUCGCUAUGAUUGUUUCUCUUAAUCUUCUCACACUGCAGCUCUGGAGAUCAAAAUGCAAUUCGUUUUAAGGCUGGAAAAUGUCACUUUCGACAAACUCGUGAUAGUAGCUGAAUCAUAGCGAGAGCAACGAUUGAUAUUGAGUGCGAAUAAUAAAGAAAACUUAUGGGACAUUUUUAAGGAAAAGUUGUUUUUUUUCUGGAUUUUUUAUAAAAAAAAGAAAAGAAAAAAUUGUGUAAUUAAUAAUUAUAAAGAAUAUUAUUAGCUGAUAGUAGAUAACAUGAAGAAAUCAAGAAGACGAGAACAAAAGAAAGAGAAGAGAAAACAAUUUUUUGCUGUUCCCGACACCUACACACACACAACACAACUAAAAAAAAUAUUUGCAAGAUUUAUAUUAAAACAAAAAAAAUAUUAAAAUAUUACGCAAAAUACACGCCCUCGUUAACUCAAUGGAUGAUAAUGAUGUUAUUGGGGAAAGACAACAAAUUUGUAGACGAAACAAACAUUUAAAAAAGAAUAACAGGAAGAAAAAUAAAUCUUUUAAAAUCAAUAAAGAUUUUGUUUUUCCCACUUAUGAAAUUCAAGAAUUUCUCUAACUUUCUAUCGAUCGAAAUCAAUUUAGCGCGACAAUUGUUGUUUGUAAUUUGCUUAAUGCGGAAUGUUCUUGACAGUUGCAGCGGUAGUUCUAAGCAGUUUCUAAGUUUAUUCGAAGCAGUUAGAGAAGUUCGGUUUCCCUCUUACAUCGCUUUUUGCAAAAGAAAAAAGAAGUUAUUGAAACUAAGUGGACAAGAAAAAAAAGAUAUUUAAACAAGGAAAAUUGAUAGAAUUUUAGGGCCAAAAAUAUGGAAAAAAUUAUUAAGAACACAUCAAAAGGAAAUAUAUAAUUUUUAAUUAGAUAUUAUUUUUGUAUAAACGCGUCUUAAUUGUAGAUUUUUAUCUUUCUUCUUCACACUUCUUUUAAUUACCUACUGAUCAUCUUUGUUUUCUUUUUUAAACUUAAUAAAAUCUUAUAUGUAGUAAUUUAAUGAUAAAGAUACAAAAAAAAAAGAAAAACUUAGCUAACGCUUGAUGUCGAACAAAAACAUUCGAGUGUUUGCAAUGAGAGACGAAACAUUUAAAAUAAAAGGAUGGAAAAUUAUAUCGAACAUGGAUGAACGAUGUUAUUGUUUUGUUUUUAUUUUUCUUACUAUUUUGUUGAUCUUCUUCUUUCAUGUUAGGAAAAACAAUUAUAGCUUUUUGUAAAUGUGGUCUUUUUAUUAAUAAAAAGAGUGGAAGGAGCUUAUGGAGCAUCGUUUAAUUAGGAUUACUGCUAUAUGUAAUAAACUUUUGUCAUGAAAAACAAGAAGCAUUAAAAUUUCUCACAAAGAAAAAGAAAAAAAAAAUCUCUUUCGCGCUUCUCGAAUGAUAUUGACAAAAGUUUUUGUGAAUUUCUUUUCCCAUAUACAUUACUACUGAUAACUGGAUUAAAAAAUACUCUUGAAAGGGAAAAGAAAUGGUUCAAUAAUGUACGCGAAUGCAAUUUUAUUAUCUCAAUAUAUAGCUCUCCUUUGUCCUCCCAGCAGUUCCUUAUUCACCUCCCGCCCACAAACACACAAAUUAAAAAAAACUAAAACUUACAAAUCUUUUUUAGAAAAAUAAAGUGUCAAGAAAAAAACAGUAAGCAAGAAGAACUUUUUAAAUCAAAACUAUUUAAAAAUACCUAAAUAUCUUAGCAAAAUAAAAUAAAAUAAAAAUUAAAUAAUUAAAGCUCUUAUCCACGAUUAAAGAAAAUAAAAAAAACAAAACUUUAAACGAUAAACGGAUUUUCAUGUAGUAGAAAAUGAAAGAAAAGAUAACAAUUCCUCUCUCACCCCAACGCUGAUGAAAUCAGAAUUUUAGAAUGAAAUUAAAGAGAAUAAAAAUACAUGUUUAAUUGUAAAUAUUAAUCCUAUUGAUAAAAAAUGAUUAUCGAUAAAUACAGAUUUAGAAUGAAAAAUAAAAGGGAAAA